AUGGAAACCAGCGCCGCCGGCGCCGGCCGACGAGGGAGUGGCACGGCGAAGCAGCUAAACGUGGGGGGCAAGCUCUUCGCCUUGGAGGAGGCAAGCUCCCUUUCCCUCUCCCUCUCCCUCGAUCCCUCCCCAAUCCCAACCUUCGUGGACCGCGACCCCGCGCUCCUCUCCGCGAUCCUCUCCGCCAUCCGCGCCCCCUCCUCCCCGCCGGCCUUCCCGGCCCGGAUCCUCCUCGACGAGGCCCUCUUCUACGGCCUCCACGCCCAGCUCCUCGCCGCGCUCUCCCCUCCGCCGCUCUUCGGCUUCUCCGCCUCCCUCGCAUCCACCCUCUCCCCCGCCUCCGAGCCCUUCCCCACCGCCCUCGCCGCGCACCACGACGGCUCCCUCUGCCUCGCCCACGGCGCCGGCCAGCUCACCUACUACUCCCCGGCGCUGGACCACCUCACCACCUUCCGGACCCACCUCCACCGCGCCACCUCCCUCCGGCAGCUCUCCCCCAGCCUCGCCGUGGUCGGGUCCAGCUCCUCCCCCGGCCUCCACGUGUACGACUUCCUCGAAGGCCGGCACGUCGCCUCCGUCGAAUGGGCGGACCCGUCCGACCUUCGCGUCCUUAAAUCAAGAGUCAUCGCCAUUGCCGCUCGUCCUCCCGCCGAUGCCGCGGACACCAAUUCACCCAUCUUCGCUACAUUCGAGUGCUCACACCGGGAGAACUGCAUCCUGGCGAUUGACCCUGUAACUCUGAAGCCAGUGCAGGAGAUUGGCCGGCAAGGUGGGACUGCGGCCAAGUCAUCUUCGCCGGGUCGAGUAGUGCACCUGCAGGAGCUUGGGCUGGUGUUUGCUUCAUCUGUGAGCUCAGGGGCUUUUGGCUACUCCGGGUACAUGCGGCUGUGGGACAUUCGUUCUGGGAAUGUGGUCUGGGAGACAAGCGAGCCAGGGGGGUCUGGAAGAAGCAGCAGGUUCGGAGAUCCGUUUGCAGAUGCAGAUGUGGAUGUGAAGCAGAUGGUGCUUUACAAGGUGUGCUCGAAGUCAGGAGACAUUGGAGCUGCAGACCUGAGGCGCCUCAGUGACGACCCUUGGGUGUAUAUGUCAUCGGGGCCAAGAGGGAGUGGAGGGGGUCAUGGCAGUGUUCUGCAUUGCUACAAGUCCCAGGUGUUUGUCAGCCGGAAGGAUGGAUUGGAGGUUUGGUCCAGACUGGAAGAACAACAAAAUGGCAGAUACAACUCGGGAGAGCAGCCGAGAGCAAAGGAGAUGCUCGACACAAAAGGAAUUAAUGAAAAUAGUUACAGGAGCAGCUAUAUGGACACGGAAGAGGAUUCUAAGCGUGGGAUGAUAGAGAUGAUGGAAGGGGGUGGAGACCGCUUGUUUGUGACCAGAGCAGGCAUGCCAGCUGUGGAAGUGUGGGAGAGCUCCCGCCUAGCUGGUGCUAUCUCUCUCCCAUAGCAAUUUUCUGACUGUCGAAAGAAGUUACAAGUACAUUUUCUAGUAGAGGAUCGCUGCCAUGUUCUCUUUGUUCACUUCAGGCAUAAAUUUAGUUCCUGAAUGUGGUUCUUCCUGCCUCAACUCUGCUCCAAGAUUUGAUGUGGUAACAUUACAUUUCUUCCCACUACAGAUGCAUUUGAUGCGAACAUCUGCCUAUACUGAAGCAACCUUCUUUGGUCUAAGCAUAUAUUUGUAAUCCCUUAGCCUUAGCAGUAAGAGUUAGUUUUUUUACAAGAUCGUUAUUCAAUUAGUCCCUAGCACCCUAAAUAUAGUGCAAUCUUGUUAUUCAGCUUGCUUUCUCAUUAUCCUGUCAGGGCACCAACUUGUCAGAA